AUGCAAGGACCGGCCACUGAGACAGACCAGAGUCCCUGCUCUCGCACCCCUGCUGCCUAUCGACGAAGCAGCCCUGAGCUAGCGGCGUCUCUCUUCUCCUGGUCACGCCUCAGCUGGACUACAGUGGAUCGGAUCUUCAGCGAGUCUGAUAACAGCCGGCGCGUUGACAAUGUGCUCAAGCUGUGGAUCAUCGAGGCGCGGGAGCUUCCUGGGAAGAAGCGCUAUUACUGCGAGCUGUGCCUGGACGACAUGCUGUACGCGCGCACGACCAGCAAGACGCGCACCGACACGGUGUUCUGGGGAGAGCACUUCGAGUUCAACAACCUGCCGGCCGUGCGAAACCUGCGGCUGCAUCUCUACAAGGACAACGACAAGAAGCGACGCAAGGAGAAGAGCAGCUACCUGGGGCUGGUCAACAUCCCCAUCUCCAGCGUGGCGGGGCGCCAGUUCGUGGAGCAGUGGUACCCCGUGGUGCUGCCCACCGCCUCGGGCAAGGGGAGCUCGGGCAAGGCCAGCUGCCCCACCAUCAGGAUCAAGGCCCGCUACCAGACCAUGAGCAUCUUGCCCAUGGAGCUCUACAAGGAGUUUGCUGAGUUUGUCACCAACAACUACCGCACUCUGUGCGCCGUGCUGGAGCCAGUGCUGAGCGUCAAGAGCAAGGAGGAGGUGGCCUGUGCCCUUGUGCACAUACUGCAGAGCACUGGCAAGGCAAAGGACUUCCUGUCUGACAUGGCGAUGUCGGAGGUGGACCGAUUCAUGAACCGCGAGCACCUGAUCUUCCGAGAGAACACACUCGCCACCAAGGCCAUCGAGGAGUAUCUGAAACUGAUAGGACAGAAAUACCUGAAGGAUGCUAUUGGAGAGUUUAUCCGCGCUCUCUAUGAGUCUGAGGAGAACUGUGAGGUGGACCCCAUGAAGACGCCGCCCUCCAUCCUGGCCGAUCACCAAGCCAACCUGCGAAUGUGCUGUGAGCUGGCACUGUGCAAGAUCGUCAACUCCCACUGUGUGUUCCCUCGUGAGCUGAAGGAGGUCUUUGCUUCGUGGCGUAUUCGCUGUGCUGAGCGGGGCCGGGAGGAUAUUGCUGACCGACUCAUCAGUGCCUCCCUGUUCCUGCGCUUCCUGUGUCCCGCGGUGAUGUCACCGAGCCUCUUCAACCUCACGCAGGAGUAUCCCAAUGUGCAAACCUCACGCACCCUCACCCUCAUCGCCAAGGUGGUGCAGAACCUCGCCAACUUCACCAAGUUCGGCAGCAAAGAGGAGUACAUGAGCUUCAUGAAUGAGUUCCUGGAGAUGGAGUGGGGCUCCAUGCAGCAGUUUCUCUACGAGAUUUCCAACCUGGACAGCGUCACCAAUGCAGGCAGCUUUGAGGGUUACAUCGACCUGGGCAGAGAGCUGUCCACACUGCACUCCCUGCUGUGGGAGGUGAUGGCUCAGCUGAGCAAGGAAGCAAUCCUCAAGCUGGGUCCGUUGCCACGGUUACUCAAUGACAUAAGCGUGGCGCUGCGGAAUCCUCACAUCCAGAGGCAACCGAGUCACCAGACUGAGCGGCUGCUCUCCCGACCCAGCUUCAACAGAGGAGUGUCAUCGGAUUUCCAGAACCUCAUGAUGAGAGACCUCAACAGCUCUAUUGAUGUCACUCGGCUGCCGUCCCCCACCUCUGCUCUGGGUCCUACAGGGGGCGCUCUGUCCUCCGGAGGGGGGAUGAUGGAUCGGGAUCACCAGCACCGCGCAUCCAAGGAUGUAUUCUACGUGACACGCCCCCCUCUUGCACGUUCAAGCCCCGCCUACUGCACGAGCGGCUCUGACAUCACGGAGCCCGACCCCAAGGUGCUGAGUGUCAAUAAGAGUGUCUCAAUGAUGGAUCUUCAGGACAGUCGCAUGAACAGCGUGUCCAACCUGCAGAGUGUGGACAUGCUGAACAGCAGCCAGGCCUCCAUCGCAGGACUGGGAGGACUGGGCGGACUGGGAAUGGGGGGGCUGGGGGGGCUGGGCGCAGUGCUCAGGCCGGGGGGCCGACACUCGGCAGGGAGCGGGGGCUCCAGUUUUUCCGGGGGGCUCCGGCUGAGUCAGAUGGGGGCCACCACAGAUUCGCUGUCACAGCAGCAGGCGGCCAUGCGGAUCCCGCUCUCCUUCCAGAACCCCCUGUUCCACCUGGCCUCUGACGGGCCACAGCUGCAGCACCAGGCCAGCCGUGUGUCUCUGCAACCGCAGCCCAUGCAGCAGCCCCCCCCCACACUGCUGCUCGCACCAGAGCAGGACAUGGGCUCAUCGCAGCACCACUCCUCCUUCCUGCCCUCUUUCCAUGGUUACUCCCGUAGUGAGGACCUGUCAGGGCUCAGCGUGAAGCAGCCGCCAGCCAACAUCAUGCACAGCCACAGCUACAGCGACGACUUCACGAGGCAGAACUCAGAGUACAGCCGCAGACAGCUCUCAUUGCAGGAGAACCUGCAGCACAUGCUCGGAGGCGGGGGUGGUGUUGGGGGAGGCUCUGUGAUGGGGACGCCCCCUUCCUCCUCUCAGCCCCAGCGCAGACUCCUGGAGCAGCAGCCCUCUACCAUCCUGCCUCCCCCCUCCUCCUCUCAGCCCCAGCGCAGACUCCUGGAGCAGCAGCCCUCCACCAUCCUGCCUCCCCCCUCCUCCUCUGCAGCACUGCACAGGAGCAAGACCCAGCAGCUGUCUGUGAGCUCCGCCCAGCCACCCUCCCUGCAGCAGCAGCCCCAGCCCCUGCCCAAGCAGCACAGCCAAGCUCGGCCGACCAGCGGGAAGCUGCUCCAGUCUCCAGAACAGGCCUUCGGGCCCCAGCUGGGCCGAGCUGGGCCUAGGCAGCAGCUCUCAGUGAAGGAUGCUUCCCCGCAGGCUCAGGGGUCAGGUCUGACUCACCAGCAAAGCUCUGUCAGGGAAACCCAGAGCAGCUCACAGCAGCCACAGCAGACACAGCCACAGCCACAGCCACAGCAGCAGCAGCAGGGUCCGCAGCACCUCAAACCAGCCAUCAGCAAACAGGGCUCCCACUCACCUUCAACCCUUAACCCCCCAACCCCGGCCUCGGAGCGCACAGUUGCCUGGGUGUCCAACAUGCCACACCUGUCAGCAGACAUCGAGAGGUCACACAUCGACAGGGAGGAGUUCAAACUGAAGGAGUAUUCAAAGAGCAUGGACGAGUCUCGAUUGGACAGGGUGCGAGAGUAUGAGGACGAGAUCCACUCUCUGAAAGAGAGGCUGAUGAUGUCACACAAGAAACUGGAGGAGUAUGAGCAGCGGCUGAUGUCACAGGAAGAGCAGACCAGUAAGAUCCUGAUGCAAUACCAGAACAGACUGGAGAAUAGCGAGAGGAAACUGAGGAUGCAACAGCAGGAAAAGGACUCGCAGAUCAAAGGAAUCAUCAGCAGGCUGAUGGCAGUGGAAGAUGAGAUUCGUAAAGAUCACGUGCCGACCCCGCCCCGCAUGCUCGACGCUCAGGCGAGGCGACCCUCGAUAAUACCUCAACGCGCAGCGCCACGCCCACACAGGAUGAGCAGUUUCCCCCCCUGGGUUCUUCAAACGCCCGUCUGAUGAUGUUGGCGGCUCUGCAGGGUAAAGAGCGAAGUGGGUCAGGACUGGGAUCGGGAAUGGGAGGAGUCUCGUCUUCACAGGAGCCAU